AUGAACUUCGACCUCGACCUCAGGAUGGACCUCAGCAUGGGCCUCAGCAUGGACCUCAGCAUGGGCCUCAGCAUGGACCUCAGCAUGGACCUCAGCAUGGACCUCAGCAUGGACCUCGACCUCGACCUCAGCACGGACCCGAGCAUGGACCUCUUCUUCGACCCGGCGAUGGAGACAAUCGACGUCGACCUCGGCAUGGACGUGGCCGACGCCUUUGACGUCCCAUCGCCGCGCGAGGCCGUCGCCUGGCCCGCAUACGAGGACAACGACGAGAAGCAACUGUCGGUGGACGACGUUGAGAAGCAACUGCCAGUGGACGACGACGCGAGCUCGACCGACAGCAGCAGCACCGACGAGCGUCAGACGCAGCGCGGCCGGUGGACGCAGGACGAGCACGACCGGUUCCUCACCGGCUACAAACUCUACGGUCGGUCGUGGAAGCUCAUCGCGACGCACGUCGUGCCAACCCGGUCCUACACGCAGGUCCGGACGCAUGCGCAAAAGUACCUCCUAAGUCGGCAGUCGAGCUCCAAGGACCCGCGGAGCCUCCCCAGCUCGCCCCUCCUCCUCUCGCCGGCCCAUGGUCGUGUGUCGUCGGUCGUCGCAUGAGUUGAGAUCCAGUGAAGUCGUCUUACAUGUUACAUCGUCGUCGUUGCCUGCAUACGACAGAGCCGAAGCGCGACGAGG